GCAGAGGGAGCAGAGCUUUCCUCCUGCCCGACAUCACAGCCCCACCCCAUCCUCCAGCGCCUCCCCGCCUGCCCCAUCCCAAAUCUCCUCCCAGCCCCGCAGGGAAGCGCCUGGAGGUGUUGGGGGUGACAAAGGGGACGUGGGGUGGCAGUGGGUGCUGGCAGCCUGUAGGACAAUACCCUUUUCUGACCCAGGGAUGGGGCUACUGAGAGGCGUUUCUGAUCUCAAAUUUUACAUACAAACACCUGUAAACCUUCUGUCAAACCCUAAAAACUCCCUACACAUCCGUUUCCCACAGAACCCACAACCAAACCUCCCCUGGGUGCAUCACCAGGGUGCUCAGCAGGGCAGGGAGAUGUUCCCCCCUGAGCCCCCCAGAGCUCACAAACCCACCCCAGGAUGGAGCCCGGGACAGGGCAGACCUGGCCGGGCCAGAGCAGAUCCCGAGGGCACCCUGGAGAUGGCUGGGGGCUGGAAGAACCUUUCCCGUUCUUCCUGGGGUGGUGAGAGAGGUUCUGCGGCUCCCUCCUCCUCUCCCUUGCCCAGGCUGGGAGAGCUGGGGCUGUCCAGCCUGGACAAUUCCCUGUGGCAGCCUGGGGGCUUGGAAAAGUGGCACAGGAAAGCUGUUCCUCAAGGAGAAACGGUGGCGAUUUAAACGGAGAGAGGGUGGAUUUAGGCUGGGUAUAAAGAGAAAAUGUGCUGGGGGGGAUCGGUGAGUGCCCAGAGGAUUCCCCAUCCCGGGGCAGCGAGGCUCGGGCACCUCAGGCAUCCCGGCUGGCAGCGUGCCCCCCUGGCAUCCCGUGUGUCUGUGUGCCCCCCUGGCAUCCCGGGAUGAACGUGGCAGUCCCGGAGCGGGCUCGGAGCCCCUGUGCUGGCGCUGGAAGCCAGAUGGAGCCAUCACUGCGCCGAGCCCGUGCGGCUCUGCCAGAGCUGGGGAGGGGCGGCUGCUCCCCCGCUCCGCCGGGGUCCCCUGGGGGGCACGGGGCCGUGUGUGACCCUGGCACGGCUGGCAGGGCUGGCAGGGCUCGGUGCGGGGACUGCCCACCCUGCAGCUCCGUGGGUUUAGGAGCGGUUCCAUCCCCCAAAGCCGCGCUCCGGGGCUGGGUUUAAGGGGUACCCGGGUGAAACCCCUCAGGCAGAGCCGGGAUUUGGCUCUGUGGGGUUGUGUGCUUUCGUCCGGAGCGGUGGUGGAGAUUCAGUGGCACCCCAAAACUUAAUUUCUCAGCCCGAAUCUGCUUUCUGUGGUGUUGCCCGACACAAAAUCUGCGUUGUAGUCCCAGCCCCUGGGAGAAGCGGUCACUGUCGCUCCUGGUGCCGGGAGGGCACCUGGCAGCCGGGUUAUUUAUUGCACAAAUAACGCCGUGUUUGCAUAUGUUAAUUACGUUAAUUGCAGCGGGCUCGCUGCGGCUCAGGGAGCAGCCGUGUGAUGGGUGCGGCUGAUCCCCCCCAAAUCAGGGUCUGGGGGUCCGGGACAGCGUCCGGGGGCUGUGGGAUGGGGGUGCCCAUCCCUGGGGUGCCCGGGUGGGGCUGAGACCCCCGGGGUGCCCUCGGGGAGCGGAGCUGCUGCUCGGCUCCGCCGUGGGCAGGGUGUGAACGCUGGGUGUGAAGAGACUGUGAAUUCUCAUCAACACUUCCAUUACCUUAAUAAAAUUACUUCAGGUCUGUUAAGCUCUUUUGCAGAAAAACAAGCCGUAAUUGCACGGUUUGCUGGCUUCUCCUUCCCCCGACCCCCCGAAGGGCUCAGCCCCCGGCUCCGUGCACCUUCCCUGGGGGUCUGGGCUCUCCUCAGCACCUGGACAGGUGAGGAGCUCUGCUUGCCACGGAGCCCGUCAGGAUGGCCCCUCUCCCUCUCAUCUGCUGGCUCUGACAGAUCCUGAGGAGUUAUUCAGAGCUUUGGGCUUUUUUGAACAUUAUAUUGUCAAAGCUUUUUUUCUGUGGGAGACAGAUUCUUACCUAAACUCACCCACUCUCCAGAAAUAGCAGCAAUAAUAAGCCUGAAAUGAGGAGAUAAAGAGCUGGAAUUCAUUUUAGAAUCAUGGAAGAGUUUGAGUUGGAAGGGCCCUCUGAAGGUCUCCCAGUCCAUCUGAUUUCACCCCUGCUCAAGGUUUUCCAGGUUAUCCCCUCUGCCCUGCACUCCCUGUUACCCUCACUCUGACCCUGGAGAUUCUCCAAACACUUUUGGCUGUGGGAUUUGUCCCCUUCCAGCCUGGCAGCUCCCACUUUGGAGCCAGCAGCAGCACCCAGACCAGGCUAAUCCAGGCUUGUUUCAGUGCAUGCUUUGCUUUAAAACAUUAUUUUUCCACACAGCAACUCUGGUGUGAAGGGAUGAAUUGGGAAAAGUCUUUGCUGCACCACAACUCAGAGAUCCUGGGACCUCUGGAGCAGCUCUUUGGCAGGGGAGGUUCAAGGACUGCAGGGAUCAAGAGGAAGUUUCCUGGAAGAAAAUCAAAUACUAUGGGAUGGGCGUGGAGCAGGUGGUUGGAUUAGUGGGUUAAUUAUUGAGUUAAUCAGCCCUGGAAAUCAUGGAAUGGUUGGGGUGGGAAGGGACCUUAAAACCCAUUCAGUUCCCCCCCUGCCAUGGCAGGGACACCUUCCCCUGUCCCAGGCUGCUCCAAGCCCUGCCCAGCCUGGCCCUGGGCACUGCCAGGGAUCCAGGGGCAGCCACAGCUGCUCUGGGCACCCUGUGCCAGGGCCUGCCCACCCUCCCAGGGAACAAUUCCUGCCCAAUAUCCCAUCCAGCCCUGCUCUUUAUUAAUUCUAAAUUUCUCCUCUAUUACUUUAAAAUCUCCCCCCUUGUCCUAUCACUGUCAGCCCCUGUAAAAAGUCCCUCUCCCUCUUUCCUGUCAGCCCCUAGAGCACUGGAAUAUCCCUGCACUGGAGCUGGAAGCCAUCCCUGCAGCCAGGGUUGGGAAGGGUCCGUGCAGGGGCUGGUACCCCCUCCCUGCCUGCCCGGGCUGUUCCUGAGCUGCUCGCUCCAGUCUCUGCUGUGGGCCGAGCUGGGAGCACAGAAUCCUCCUGGGAAGUGCCAGUGCUCUCCCUCCAGCAGCUCCCAGGGCUGGCAGCUUUGGAGCCACCUUAAAAUCCAGGUGGAAGCCUCUGGCAACCAGAGUUGGUAGCAACAGCACUGGAUCUCCUUAGAGAUCCCUCCUGGGCUUCUCCGUCGCUGCCUGCCCAGCCCGAGCAGAGCCCCUGAGCACAUGGACCUUGGGAUCAUUGCAGAGAAUGAGAGUGGGCAGCUGGAGGACAGGAGCCAGGAGAUGCACCAGCCUGGAGACCCGCGGGAGGAGAUGGGGAAACUGCCUGGCUCCAGGACAGGCUUCCCAGCCAGGAUGGUCCUCAGUGAGGAGGAAAAACUGAAGAUUUCCAAAGACCUCGUGGAUCUGCAGAUCGAGACAAACAAAAUGAAGGAGCGUUAUGAGACCGAGAACUUCCAGCUGAAAACGAUGAUGCGGGCUCUGCAGCGGCGGCUGCAGCAGCUGGAGCUGGAGCAGGGCAGCGCCGGGCUCAGCGAGGAGCGGGAUUCCCUGCGGGAGCGCCUGCGCCGCCUGGAGAGCAGCCGGCAGGAGCUGGGCGAGGAGUUCAUCAUCCUCAAGAGCAACUACCUGGCCCUCGGCAGGGAGCUGGACAAGGAGGCGAUGAGGAAUGAGGAGCUGACCCAGGAGCUGCUCAGCCUGGCCAAAAAGAGCAGCCUCCCCCCUGGCAUGGCCCAUCAAUCCUCCCCAGGGCUGGGAAGAGGGAGAGCAGCAGGACAGCCCCGCUCUGCUCAGAGGGGGAAGCCCGAGGAUGCAGCUGCCCCUGAACACGAGCAGCAGGAGCUGGAAAGAAACUUGCAAAACGAGACAGGAAUAACUCCAGAUGUGCAGGCAGAGCUGAGGAGGGCAGAGAAAUCUGGGGGUGAUGAAGCACCCAAAACUGAGAGCACAGAGAUGGUCCCUGCCUCCUCCCCAUCUGCAGCCCUUGCAGAACCAGCCUGGGCUCCGCCACCGGCUCCUGCUGGGAAUCUCAACUUGCUUGGAAACCAGGAUCACAUAAAAGUGGAGCUGGAAAAACUGAAGAAAACGUAUGCUGAGCAGCAGCAGAAGCUGGAGGAGCGAGUGCUGGCGCUGGGGAAGGAGCUGCAGGAGGUGAAGGGAGCGACGGGGGCCGGCGGGCAGGGGCAGGCGGAGCGAGCAGCGGUGCUGCUCACGUCCCAGGGCCAGCUCCAGGAGGUGGAGGCGGAGAACUCGCGGCUGCAGCUGCAGCUGAAGGAGCUGAACGAGGAAUAUCGCUCCCGGCUGGCGCAGCACGCCCGGGACCUGGCAAACUACAUGGACAGCAAACCCAGCAGCGUGACAGGACACGGCAAAGCCCCAGCUGGCCACGCUGCCAUGAAGAACUUUGUGGACAGGAUGCUCAGGGACAUCCGGGCUUCCUACAAGUGCCGGGAAGAGCAGCUGGCUCGGGCAGCCCGGGCCUACAGGAAACGCAUGAAGGACUUGGCCAAGAAGCACGAGAACCUGCUGAUUGCCUACGGGCUGCAGCGGGAGCAGAUCCGGUCCCUGGGCUGCAGUACCGUGGACUGUGGCCCUGCCGAGCUCCACUUGUCCAUCCCAGAGCCUGAGCUGCUGCCAAGCAGCUCCCGGGAGCUGGCCCGGCUGCGGGAGCAGAAGGCAAAGCUGGAGAUGCAGCUGCAGAAAAGCCUGAAAGGAGCCUCUGCCUUCCCAGCACCUCCGGAGCAGCAGCUGGAUGAGGAGGGCUGGGCAGAGCUCAGGAGGAGGCUCCGGGAAUUCACACUCAACACCCAGGAGCACCUGGAGCAGCAGAGAAGCCAGCUGCUGGCUCGGGCUGUGGGGGCAGAGGAGCAGGUGUUGGAGCUGCAGGGGUACAUCGACCAGCACCUUGCCAGGUACAAGCAGGAGAUCCUGCGGCUGAGGAACGCUGGGGGCAGCGAGGUGCCCGCAGUGCCCCGUGCCAGCCACGAGCCAGCGCAGCCCCAGCCUUGGGAGGAGUAAACGAGACCAGACCACGGCGUCUGUCUGUACCCGCCAGGCUGCAGGAAUUCUCUCUUCCCUGAGCACCCCUCGGACACAGGGCAGGAUCCCAGGCAGCUCUUCACUGCUGGGCUGCACGGACAGGUUCCUGCUCCUGCUGGAACAUUUUUUCCUGGAUGAGACCUGGAGCUGGACCAAGGGCUGCUCCUGCCUCGCUCCCCUCACCCCUGAGACAGAGCCAAGGCUGGCUCAGACCAGGAUUUGUUUGGGCUUAGACAAAGGGAUGAGCUGCUCUUUUACUGGGAGGGUGGUGAAAGGCUGCCCAGAGCAGCCCUGGAUCCCUGGCAGUGCCCAGGGCCAGGCUGGGCAGGACUUGGAGCAGCCUGGAAGGUGCCCCUGCCAUGGCAGGGAUGAAACAAGAGCAGCAUCAAGGUCCCUUCCAACCCAACCCAUUCUAUGGUUCUGUGAUUCUGUGGUGGGAAAACCCCAUUUUCCUCUGGGUUUGAAUGGAAAAUAGAAUAUUAUAUUGACAAGCAGGGCCAAACUGAUCCUGCACAGAGAUGAGCUGGAAAAGAUGGCAGAGCAAAGCCCAAGUCCAGGAGCAGCAGCUGCUCCAGCUCCAGGACCAUCCAGCAGCUCAAAGACAAAGCAAAAACCUCAGAGGAAUAAUCAACCAAAACUUUAAAGUUUUUAAUUUAAAACUUAAACUGAAAUAAAGCAGCAAUCAUCCAAAAAGA